UUGUUGUUGUACUUGUUGUAAACAAUCGAUUUAUGUCGUUUUUCGUGAGUUUUACACCACUGUAAAGCAAUACAUAGUGUAUAAUUAAUAUUGCACCAGUUAAUUCGCUUAAUUUAACCUGUAUAGAUCUAUUUGCAUGUAAUUUUAAGUGUAAAAUUUGACAAAAAUGUCGGACGCAGAAGUCGAUGUUCCAACAACGUUUAAAAAGCGUAAUAUUAGAAAUAGAGGAGGGCGAAAGCGAAAAUCAACCAGUUCUGAAGAAAAGAGUGACACCUCAUCAGACGAUCAAAGAAUAGUGCUGCCAACAAAACGUCCACAGAAAGCCAACCCUAACAUCCAGAGCACGUCGGGACCGAAGAAACAGAAACCCGAACUUGCCAACAGUGAUUCUAGCAGCGAUGAUGAAAAGGCCAAAGACGCCCGUACAACACUCUCAGUACAGCAACAGAGAGAGAAUGCGACAGCAACAUAUGAGUUGGACACCGAGCGAGACAGAGACGCACAAGCCAUCUUUGAGAAGGCUCAGAAGAUUAACGAGGACCUCCAGGGGCAGGCUGAUGAUAAGGUGUACCGUGGUAUAAACAAUUAUGCUCAAUACUACAAGAAGCGCGACACGGCUGCCGGCAACGCCAGCUCCGGCCUCGUCAGGAAGGGUCCCAUACGGGCGCCCGCCAACCUCAGAGCCACCGUCAGAUGGGAUUAUCAACCAGAUAUAUGCAAGGACUACAAGGAGACAGGGUUCUGUGGGUUUGGAGACUCAUGCAAGUUCCUCCACGACCGCUCCGACUACAAGCACGGGUGGCAGCUGGAGCGCGAGGAGGCGACGGUCGCCGGCGACGACGACAGCGACUACGAGGUGCACAGCGACGACGAGCUGCCGUUCAAGUGCUUCAUAUGCCGGGGGAGCUUCACCGACCCUGUGGUCACCAAAUGCAAACACUACUUCUGCGAGAAAUGCGCGUUGGACAACUUCAAGAAAUCUUCACGCUGUUUCAUUUGCAACGCACAGACCAAUGGCAUGUUCAACCCGGCGACAGAACUGGCUGCGAAACUGAAGACACGAGCUGAAAAUGAUAGUGAUGAUGAUGAUGAUGAAGUUGAACAAAAUGAUGAUGUUGAUUGAUGAUUAAAGAUGUUGAGUUGA